UCACGCAGGGUCCACGCACGUACAGUGUGACCUCUGAGUGCAGCUCCUUCACUGCUGCACACACAGUUGGGCUCGGGAACGAUACGGACGCUGGGGGAGAUUUAAACAACAUAAACCCACCGUAAAUGGGUUUAUCACUACAUCAGACGUUAGUUUCGCCACAUUCGUUCUCAUCGAUCGACCAUUUUGGAUGGAUUGUCUCGUUCUCGACGCACCGACAAGACUUACAACGCCCAGCUAACUGCGGCAGCCAUAGCUCGGUCACUGACGCCGGAGAACCUCGUGUUUUGCCCCUGCAAUGGCCGUUUUCAGUCACCAGGUGCUCCUUGGAGUCACAAGAUCAAGGGGGACAUAUUUGUUGUCCAAGAAGCAGAGCUGCUCUUCCCUGCGUUCUAAGGCCUUCCUCCAUGUAGAAGUUCCUGGCCAACCCUCGUCCGCACUCCCUCUCAGGCACUCCCGUUACAUCUCCCCCCACUGUUUCCGGGGUCAAGCCCUUGGUCGUGGCCACAGCUCGGCUCUGCUCGCCCGCUCUUUGCACGGCUCCAGUGUCUGGCUCCAGGAUCUACAGCAGGACACCAAAACGCCCCCAGUUCCCUCCCCAAAUGAUUCUAAAGACGAAAAGUUGGAUUCUGGGGCGGCUGCUCUUCAGUCUCCACUUGCUCCAGCUUCCGCCACCGCUGCAGCAGCUGCCGUUUCUCCUGUGCAGGAGAAAGCAGUUGUGAAGAAGUCUCUGUAUCAGAGGGUUGUGGAUGAGUUGAAGCAUUACUACAACGGCUUCCGGUUACUUGGCAUCGACAUAAAGAUCGCGGGCAGGAUGGUGUGGAGGCUGCUGCACGGACAGCUGCUAACGCGCAGGGAGAGGAGGAGGCUAUUGAGGACGUGCGCUGACCUCUUCCGCCUGGUCCCAUUCAUAGUGUUUAUCAUCGUCCCCUUCAUGGAGUUCCUGCUUCCCGUCUUCCUAAAGCUUUUCCCUGAAAUGCUGCCUUCCACAUUUGAGACUGAGUCCAAAAAGGAGGAGAAGCAGAAGAAGGGUUUGGCUGCCAAGCUGGAACUGGCCAAGUUUCUACAGGAAACCAUCUCUGAGAUGGCUCUCAGAAACCGAGCCAAGGCCCAGACUGAAGACGAGACGCAGCGCUUCUCCAAAUAUGUUCAGGAGGUGCGCGGCACAGGCGAACAGCCCACCACGAAAGACAUUGUCCGCUUUUCAAAGCUGUUUGAGGAUGAGUUGACCCUGGAGCACCUGGAGCGCCCCCAACUGGUUGCCCUGUGUAAACUUUUGGAGCUGCAGCCCAUCGGCACGAACAACCUGCUGCGUUUUCAGCUCAUGAUGAAACUCAGAGGUAUCCGAUCAGAUGAUGAGAUGAUUUCAGCAGAGGGCGUGGCAGCUUUGAGCGUCUCAGAGUUACAAGCAGCAUGCCGUAGCCGUGGGAUGCGCUCUUUGGGUCUUACCACAGAUCAGCUGCGUCAGCAGCUGCAACAGUGGCUGGACUUGCACCUGAAAGAGAACGUUCCUCCAUCGCUGCUGCUUCUCUCCAGAGCCAUGUACCUGACAGACCUCAAACCCAAAGCCCCCGUCAUCCCCCCAGUACCCAAGCUAGAGAAGGCUGCUGCUCCUGCUCUGGAGAACACAGAAGCCAGUUCAGCUUCUGGCGGUCCUGACCGGCUGACAGACACAGCAGGUGUCAUCAAAGACGGGCCGGCUGAGGAGAUGAGGGACACGGCGCCUGCGGUGACGGACAAGCCUCUGAGCCCUGCAGAGGUGCUGCAGGCUAAAGCAGCAACAGAGGUGACCCAGAAGAGCAAGAUGAGUGCUAACGGCGUGUAAGAGAACCGGAUCUUCUGACCUGCGUUGCCCGUUGUCGUCAUGGAGAUGCCGGUGUCGGUUAACCUCCCAGCUGUUGUAAAAUAUCACCUCCUCCAGAAGCCUCGCUCUUCUCCCUUCUGGAACUUCAUCCCGUCUUUCCGUUACCUACCAGAAAGCUCUUAAGUCAUUUUGGCAUCAAUAACCCUUUAUGCUCCCAUUGAGUCUGUAGUUUUGUAACUUCCAUAUUUUCUAGCCUGGGAAGCCUCCUAGGACGUGCACCUUGGACCUCUUGUCAGGGAUGUUCAGGCUCGAUUCGGCCUCCGUGGUCGGGUGUGUGGUUCUCCUGACAUCCAGCAGGUCUUCUCCUCCCUCUGUAAAUGUGUAAAUAUGUAAAUGACUGUCUUAAAUCACAGAAGCAGCAGCUUUGUACAGUUUGCUAUCCAAAAAGCCAACGUGUUUUUUUUAUUAUUUGCAGAAAUGUCAAAGUUCAUCAUAGAAUAAACGGCUUGCUUGCACUGAUGAGCUGAAAGCAGACACGUUGGGGUCUGCCCCUGGAUGAAAUGUUUUAAAGGCGUUUGGGUCUGCCUCAGGUUUGAGUGGGGGCGGGGCUUAUGUCGUUUACAGCUGCUGUAAUUGGCAAAUGAAGACUGGUCCUGUGGAACGAACAGGCUCACUGCUUUAAUCUAAUAGGAGUUGGUUAAACGCAGCCGGCUGUCUGUUUGUAGACCCAGAAUGGAUUUUCUGGAGAGAAAAAGAUGCAGAAUUUAUUUGAUCACACAGAGUUUUUUUUUUUUAACACUAGGACACUUAAGUCUUUAUUAUCCCACAGAUGAGAUCGGCAAUAAAACUGAAAUAUGUGUAAUUAAGCUCCAAAAAGAUGGUCCUAAAAGAUUACAAAUGAGUUUAUUUUUCUAAUUAGAGACUUUGAAACUCUAAUUCUGUUGUCCACAUCUAACAUUGCCGGCCUUUUCUUGUGUACCUUUAUAGAGGUGCAAUAAAUCAAAGAGCAUAAACUAAUUGAAAAGAGACAGUUUAGUUAAUGUUGCUUUAGGAGUGAUUUUAAACGGUCACCUUUCUGUCUGAAGUGUACUUUUUCUUUAGAGUGAUGUAUAUUUUCCUAGAGGAGAACCCCUAUUUGAGCAGUGUUGCAGUCACAAUGUUUAUCAAUGAGAAUAUUUUAUAUUUUUGCAGCUUUCUCUUAUUUGUCUCCGCUAAAUUGUGUAAAGCAGAUGAUAAAUAUGCAAGGAUAUUCUAUUCUUUGAAGGAGGGAUCUUUGUUUGGUUGAAAUGACUGUUUUCUGUCGUCCACUUCUGACAGGUGUUUUAAUGCACCUGAGACCAGAGGUUGGUUAACCUGCAGCUCCGUAGCAUUAAAUAUAGGUGUCCUUACUGUUCAGAUGUACUGUGUUUAAAGUGGAUCAGCAUUCUUGUGUCAUCUCAUCGAUCUGUAGAAAAAGAUCUUUUUUUUUCACAGAACCGCCUCCUCCUGUGUUACAGUUCUGUUGCACUAAAUCUGUGCCUCGCUCCUCCAGGGAACGCUGUGAUGGAAAACAAGUACUCUGGCGAUUAAAACAAUGAACCCCUUCA